GAGCUUCUGAUGACGAGAAGAUUUUGCCUGAAACAUAAUCUUCACCUUUAAUUUACUCAUCUUCCCCGCUUGCGCGUUUCAAUAAUAUGCCUUUCAAAAUACAUCAAGUGAAUCUAACGGACUAGACUAACCCUAAAUAGUCAGGAGGGGUAGGCUAUAAAAGUUAUCGUACCUCUCUUGACUUCCAAAUCGACCCUCCUUUGACGUCUCUUUUACAACCUCAAAAUACUCAUGUUAAAUCUACGACAAAUCAACCCGAUUGCUUCGUUUUUCACAGCUCUUUCUUGACUCCAUAAAGAAACUGGGGGCAUACCCUAUUCAGAUCACUAUCAACCAGGAUCACGUAUCAAGCACAUCAAAAUGGCAUCAGACACCCCAGAAACUCCAGAGAAGCUCAUUUUCGACGCUGCUGGUGAAGUGCUUUUGAUUUUUACUCAUCUUCCAGUCGACAGAGACGGAGUUGAAGCUGAUAACGACUCGUUCAACUCACAUAAACGAAAAGCACAUUGCGAUAAGUCAUACACAGUAACUAUGCUUGUUUCCUCGAAGCAUUUGAAACUUGCAUCGCCAGUUUUCGGAGCCAUGUUGAACCAUGAUCGUUUCAAGGAAGGAAUUGAAUUACAGGCCAAUGGAGAAGUCAAGAUUUCGCUACCUGAUGACGAUCCAAUUGCUUUUGCAAUUAUCGCUAAUGUCAUCCAUCACCGGAACAAACUUGUACCCGAACAUGUCGCUCCGAUGCUAUUGGCCACAAUAACACUUCUUACGGACAAGUACCAGAUGCAUGAAGCGAUGUCGUUAGUUACAAAGUGCUGGACAACUCUGCUAGGCGAGGAGAGGGAUGCACAAUAUACGAGUAUUAAUACUGGUGGUCUGGUCUAUCUUGCAUAUUUCCAGUACAAGCCUCUUGAAUUCAAAAAGCAUACAAGACGCGCAAUUGUCUGCAACGAUGAAAAUUUUGCAGAUUGGGUGAACGAACAUGGUUGUUGGCCUUACACUAUUGUCGAGAAAAUUAAAGAAGCCCGGCUGAAAGCAUUUGGAGGCCUAUUUUCUAUCCUCGGCGAUCUAGUUAGAUCGCAGAUUACAAAUGAGACUUACGAUGAAUAUGACUUCUGCGAUCAAGUCACCAUCGGCUCUCUCAUGCAAGUCGCUUUAGAAAAUCGCUUAUAUCCAUUCCCCAAAGCACCUUAUCAGGGCUUCGACUUGAAAGCAAUGUUCAAGAAGAUAUCGAAUGCAAGAAUCGAUACACGUUGUACUUAUGAGGUUACCUUAGGUACAUGUGGGAAUUCGGAGAUGAUUUCCAGGAUUGCAGCAGAUUGAAAUGGUGCAGUUCGAAUCCAAAAUUGAAGGCUUAGAUCUCGAAUCUUUCCGGUCCUCGCCUGAGUAAAAGGGAAGGGAAGAGAAGUAUCAUCAAAGAGCUCUCCUUCACCGAGUUUUAAUCAGGAUAAUCAAUCUGCUUGAUUGAGUGAUUUGAAUUUGGCAUCGAAUAUCAGUUUACACUAUAGGAUUUACGGCGCCAGGUUACUGCAUCCACAUGUUGCAUUGCAUGGAGAGUGUGAAGGAUGAACCCGUAGUCCACGAUUGCUCAUCAGCUUUACAAAUGCGGACUUAAGAAUCAUCGCUUCUACCUCACGAAUUUUCAAAUUUCUACCAUAAACGACGUUGCUGGGUACUAUCAUUACAGGUCUCUUUGGGGAAACAUUUCAAGCAUAACACAUUUCUAUGAAAGUUUUCUCUAUACUCUUCAUUCCAUACGCCAGGUCAAAAAACGCAGCAUAUCUCUAAACACAGAAAGAGUAAUCUGAAGCACAUUCGUCUCAUGAGAACUUGUUCCGAAACACUUUCCAUAUCCUUACAUACUUUCUUUCUAUGCACCUGACUAUUUCGUUCUGGUAGCUUCGCAAUGCUUUACUCAAUUGUUACUAAGUAUGCGAUAGUAAUACAAUAUCUGAAUUUCAA